GACUACUUAGGCCAUGAUUUCAAUCAGUGACACUAGUGAAAAAGGUUGUAUGGAAGGUGAAAUGCUUCGUGUUUCUGAGGAACGUCUUGAGAAGCAGUUGGUGGAUAAAACUAACGAUUUAAACGUUUUAAUAAAAUCUGUUGUAAACAAUUUGAUUGACAUUCGUGGGUGCAAUAAGCCAAAGGAGAGACUCUGAUUUUGAUCCAUUUUAGAUGUUACAAAUUAAGUAGAACGUGAAAGUUGCCACAAUGACGAAUUCACAGCUAUGGUUCCGCGGGGUGCGCAGCUCCAAGUUUCGGCACGUGUAUGGCUCGCCAGCCAAGCGGGAGGGCUGCUACGAAAAUAUAAAGAUCACGAAGAACGCCCACGACUCACACUUCUGCAGCGUCAACCCCAAGUUCGUCGCCGUGGUGACUGAGGUGGCCGGGGGCGGGACAUUCCUUGUUCUGCCCAUCAGCAGUACCGGUCGACUUGAUUUCAACGCCAGCCGUGUGACGGGGCACCGCGGGCCGGUGUUAGACAUCAAGUGGAAUCCUUUCAAUGACAACAUAAUUGCUUCUUGCUCUGAUGACUGCACAGUGAAGGUGUGGCACAUCCCUGAUGGGGGGCUCGCAGCGCACCUCGAUGACUGGCUCAUCGACCUACACGGCCACAAGCGGCGGGUGGGCUAUAUAGAGUGGCACCCGACCGCUGAGAACGUCUUGGUCAGCGCCGGCUUCGACCACCUAAUGAUUGUUUGGGAUGUGGGAUCUGGCGAUGCCAUAAACGUCAUCGACUGCCACCCGGACGUGAUAUACUCGAUGUCGUUCAACAGGGACGGCUCUCUGAUCGCGACCACGUGCAAGGACAAGCGACUGCGCGUCAUCGAGCCCCGUCGCGGGAUAGUGCUCUCUGAAGGGGUGUGCCACGCGGGCACCAAGGCGUGCAAAGUGGUGUUCCUUGGCAACUCUGGGCGGCUGCUCACCACCGGCUUCUCGCGCUAUUCGGACCGGCAGUAUGCUGUGUGGAGCCAGAGUGACCUGUCGGCUCCGCUCUGCGUGGAGAGCAUCGAUUCCUCCUCGGGCGUCAUGUUCCCGUACUACGACCACGACACACGCAUCGUGUUCCUUGCGGGCAAGGGGGAUGGCAACAUCCGGUAUUACGAGGUGGCGGAUCAGGCUCCGUGGAUGCACUACUUGAACCAGUUCCUGUCCGGCUCUCCCCAGAGAGGUUUGGGAUUCAUUCCAAAGAGAGGAUGUGAUGUUAGCCUAUGUGAAAUAUUCAGAUUCUACAAACUACACGCAACAAAGGGGUUGUGUGAACCCAUUGCAAUGAUCGUGCCUCGCAAGAGCGACCAGUUCCAGGAUGACUUGUAUCCAGACACGGCCGCACCCGUGCCUGCCCUCACGGCCAAGGAGUGGAUCUCUGGCAAGAACUGCAACCCCAUCCUCAUGUCCAUGAAGACAGGUGUGACCAUCACAACUCACAAGCCGAAGGUGUACCAGCCGACCGAAAUCUCAUUGCCAAAUGCGCACAACAACAACAGCAAGAAAUUCGCUUUCCUUUCUCAGGAAACUGUUCCGGAUUACCGACCCCUUGACGUGUUGUCCGAGAAGAACCAGAAGACCAGCAGCAACCAGAGCACCAAGUUCCACCAGAUACAGCAGAUGUUCGGCAGCAACAGAGCCGGCCAGUCAAACAUUCUGGUCACUGAGGAGAUCAAGUCUUCGAAUGUGUUUUCAAACGAGCAAGAAGAACUGAUUGAUAGCCCUAAAACUGAAUACCAGUUGCAGAGGGCGUACUCGCGGCAGUGCGAGGAGCUGAAGCUGUUGCGCAAGCAGCUGGCGAACCGCGACCGCCGCAUCCGUGAGCUGGAGGAGCAGAUCAACAAGCUGCUGCAGCGCAAGCUGCUCAAGUAGGCAGCCACAGUCAGGAGCCUGCACUUUUGUUCUCGACUGGCAAUGGGUCGCCUUGGUUCUCGCAUGCCACACAUUUCCUCAGCACAGAACUGUGUUUCAGGUGAAGAGGCUACACUAAUAGGGUUCUUAAUGUACGUGUUAUGAAAAUAACACACUCUUGAGGAGAUAGAACGCACGGAAAAUGGUUGGAAAUUCAAGCAAUCUUAGUUGGAUUUGAUUGUUAUGUGCUUUUUAUUUCCUGUCCUGACUUAUGUAAAGUCUGUUUAUUGUACAUAAAUUAAGUAGCCUGCUUUCAAAUUCAUUAUGAAUUGCAAAUACUUUACAUGUUAGUGUCUGACACAAAUUUCCUCCAAAUUAACUUGUUUCUGUACUAUUUUUAAAUAUUUUUCUAAUACUUUUACCCACCUAAGUUUUGAAGUUAUUUAUGUGUUUCUGUUUCACAGAAAACAAAGUGUAAAUACCUGUAUGUUAUAACUUUAUCUAGUCUUUUUUUUUACUUUAAAGUACAACCAUAAAUCCUUAGUCUGGAAAGUGUCUCCAAUUUUGGAAAUCAGGAUCUUUGCACUUGAGGAAACGACCCAUCCAUCGCAAGAGUAGAUGUUUAUUUUUUGUCAAUGCUUGUACUUUGACUGCCGUAAAAGUUAGCUUGUGUGUAAUUUUUUCCCCACUGUAACUGUUGGUUAUAAGUGUACCAAUGUGGAAAUGUGCACAAUUUUUCCAUUGUACCUUUCGGGGCUAUUUGUGGCCAUGUGAUAUCGUGCACACAAGAAGGCUGGUUAUAAUUCUUGUAACAAAGUGUUUUUGUUGUUAAAGAAAAGGUUAGAAAAGUAAUGUCACAACGGAAUUGCAAAUUAUGAACAUUGGUUAGUUGUAAAUGCAGUGAAUUGCAAUCACCGUUUGCCAAAUAAUAUUGUUGUGGGUAAGCUGCAAUGUGAAAUGUAAUUCCAAUUUAUUGUGUAUAGCAUUUGUACUGUAAUUUUAUUUUUUAAUUAAUUUUUAUUUUGUUUCUUUUUAAAACAAUGUUUACGUAAGUCUUGUUAGUUAAGUCCAAAUAUAUUGUAAGCUUAAAGUAGUAUUUUAGCAAUAUAUUAUGAAUCAUUCAAUUUUUUUCAGUUUUCCCCCCUUGUUCAUGAAUUUUAUAAAGUUAUUUAAACAUUAAAACUCAUGACUUGCAAAACAUUUUAGUGUUAAUGCUACAAUGAGUGAAGCACAAAUGCACACGUAAGUUCUCCCAGCUUGUAGGCUGGGGUGGGGAUAGAGCACCAGUGAACUUGAGAAGGCUCACAAAAAUUCUCGGGACUGAUACGUUCUUGCCAGUGUGGCUUCUCAGCCUCUGUCCAUUGCUGUCUGCUGCCCAGCCUGUGGCUCACACACUUCGCCUUAGGCCACGGAGUGCGCCCUUGCAUUGUGUCAAUUUGCCCCUUAAUUGAAACAAGAUAUAACUUCCUUGCCAAUCUGAGCACUAUUUAUUCAUGAUACGCACACUCGUACAAGGAACGGAGCACCUGGUGCAUCCAGCUAGCUUCCACACUACGUUACGCAAAGUACUUAUUCUAAUUCCUCCUUUGUCCUGUGCUCUCAUGUCCUAAUAGACAGUUGCCCAUACUUAAUGCCGGGCAUGCCGCAGAACACAUGUCUACCUCCAAUGCUGAUACCACCUGCCUGGACGCCCAUUCAGUAUCGAGCCGGGCUCGGAGAGGGUAGUACGGUGAUGACACUUCGUAAUGCUGUGUUAAGCGCUUACCUGAUUGGCAGGCUGAUGGGAUAGUGAAAUACUUGCGUGCUGUGAUGUACGAUAUGGAGUAUGCUAGGAGUUGGCGUAUAUACCUGCUACUGGACAGUAAAGAAACUGUAUAUGUAAGGUUGGGGCAGAUCCAAUAUCACAAAUAUUUAUCUGAGAUUACUGAAUCUAGAGUCUGAACUCAAAUAUUCACAAAGCUCUACAAGAUUAGUAUUUUUAAUGAGAUGGGUCACAAACAAUCUAAAUACACACAAUUAGUACAUCAACUAAUUAGGCCUGUGCAAAUAUUCAAGUUUUUGAAUAUCAAAACGAAUAGUUUAUUAUUCGUAUUCGAUUCGAUUUUGAAUACUAACACUUUGAUAAAAUAAAUAUUCAAUCUUUACAAAUAUGGCUGUGCAGGAUCUCUAAAGUCUGGAAAACUUUCGGGAUCACAGAAGAUUUUCUUAUCUGGCAGGAACAAAAUUUCUACAGGAUUUAAGUAAUGUUUUACGGUUAUUUAUGUGGAGUUUUUUGCUACAUCAGACCAUGAAAAUUUUUGCCGGAUUUAACACGGUAAUUUGGGGCCAUUACUAACACUCAAUAUAUAUCAGCAAGAAGAGAUUCCGGCAGGUCAUUAAAAAUAGUUUAGAAUUGGCAGCAUACUGAUAAGGAUAAAUAUGUGUCCGUAAAAAUCAAAACAAUGCGCGGGUGGUAAAGGUGACAUUUUUCAGAUCAGAUGAUUAGUUUCGUUCAGAAGAACGGGGCGGUGAAGAGAAAAAACUUGUAUAGGUCUCAUGGAAAACAUCUGGCAGCAUACUCACAGCAAAAACUCCUAAAGCCUAACAACCUACAACAACUUAUUCUAGUAAAUAAUACACAGUGAAUGACGACCAGAUACAGGUCCACACACACUCCUAGCACAGUGACAGCUCAGGCAAUUUUCUUGUCACACCUUGGCCAAAAAAAAAGUUACACUAAAAAAGGGAGGAACAUUCUAAGCAGCUUCUGUGUUCCUACACUUAAGUUAAAAGAAGCCAAAUGUUGUUAUAUUUUAAUCUAAAUAAUGAUUUAUCUUCACUUAGUAAAGAAGACAAACAAGUUUUAAUUUUUUUUAGACCUACAUAAUAUUUAACUAUAGAUUAAAACUGCUCACUGUACAUUAUUUUUAAAUCCACCCUAUUGAAGUUUCUUCACACAUACUGUAAUUGUUACAUAUUCGCUUUGCACUAUUUUGAAAAAUAAUUAUUAUAUUUUCCUUUCAAAAUUUGAACAUUUCAAUGAAAUUUUACCUGUAAUAAUUGUAGCUGACUUAACCUAACCAACCUUUUACUUUAGUAUUAUUUAUCUAAUUUCCCAGAAGUCACUACUACACAUUACUUUUUCUUUCAAUAAGUAUUUAUGAUAUGUGAAAAACAUUUUUAGUGGGAUUAUAAUUCUUACUAUUUGAAUUCAAUAUUCAUAUUUGAGAAUAAUUGCCAUUUGUAUUCGUAUUCAUAUUCAAUUCAAGCAAAAAAACUGAUAUUCGCACAGGCCUACAACUAAUAAAUCUAGGACUAAAAUUAAAUCUGAUUCCAAAAAUCUCUUCAAAAAAUUAGGGGUCUACAUCUAUAACCUUCAUACUAUUCAAACUACAUAUAUUCUUUCAAAUCAUGCACAUGCAUGUUAAGUACUAAACAAAGCAGCACACCAAAUUCUACCAUCUGACAUAAACAGGGCAAAACAUACAGUGUGUGUAUGUAUUUAGAUGUAAUAAAACUAACAAAAUCAAAUGUAAACAAAGGGAUAGACAAAAAUGUUCAUUAAACACACUAAGAUUUCUUUUCUUACCGUGAUAAAUUAUUUCUUUGCUUAAACAACAAAAAUUUUCUUAAAGGAAAAUGUAAACAAAUGAGACAAUAGGCUAAUUUAGUAGGUAUAUAUUUCACAUUUUUUAGGAUGUUUUUCAGGAAACUUAAGUUAAGUCAACUUAAAAAUAUAUAGCAUUUCUCAGAGUUACAUCUUAGAGUUACAGCAAGACCAAGUAUAAAUAUAAAAAUGUGGUAGUCUCGUGUAAACAAAGCCAUCCUGUGAUUAAUCAUAAUUUAUAAGCUUCCGUAUACAAAUACAACCUCAAUGCCAUGUCAGCAACUUUUUUUAUGAAUUAAUCUUGGAACAAAUCUUACAUUGAAUCUUGCAAAUACUCAGAUCCCUCCAAAGGAUUAGAUGGAUUUGUCUAAUUUAUUAUUUGAAUGUCCCAUUGCUCUAUCCGUACUGUAUAGUCGGAUAAUAUGUACCGUGUUGUAUCGCAUAAUCGUCGCACCAAUAUUUUAGGGCGUCAAAAUUUGGCUAAAAAAAACCUCUCGCGUAAACGUCGCAUUAUGUUUUUGGUCCAGCUAUUAAAUUCCGAUUGUUUUGUGUAAGUAUUUCUUUUGUAUAAUACAAUUUAUUUUAAAGUAGAAAACUAAUAUUUAUUUGGAAAUUACCACUUAUUUAAUUAAUGGAAAUACAAAGUUGUCUGAUGUGUAAAUUUUCUUUUUAAAGACUUUUAUUAAACGUUAUUGUUAUAAUCUUUAUCUGUUCGUCUGUGUAGUCGCGGUGUGUCGCUUAUAAAAAUAUAGCCAGCGCUAGUUGACAUCAUUCCUGUUUGGUUAUGUUGCUUCCCGUAUAGAGUGCGCACACACAGUAAAAUAUUGAUAUUGAUAUCUUGCAGAUUGCAUGCAACGCGAGCUCUCUGUCUAGAGCCGAGUUAACUACAUUUGAUGGCCCGCACUCUUUUGUGGUGUGUACUACGACGAUAGUUACGCAUUAGUAGAGCCAAGAUUAUAUGGUUUUAUGCGAAAUCGCGAAUUUUCACGCGAAAUUCGUCCCAAACCGCGAAAAAUGCGAAAUGUUUUCUAACCACAAAUAAACACCUCAAUAUUUAUUUAAAUCGUUAACUACCGACUAUUGGUUGAUUGACAAAAAUUCCGUAUCUGUUUGUAGAAGAAAUGGUCGUCAUCCAACUGCAGUGUGGUGGUUAUUUAAUGCGUUAAUUAUUCAUCUUAAAAAAUUACAAGAUUUCACAAAAAUUGACGAUUUCACGAACAAAAAAAGAUCGUUAUCGGAGUUAGGUUAGGGUUUUUAAACGCAUCUAGUCACUAGAGAUCACGCAAUAUUAACAACUGACGAUCGUAAACUUAAAAUUAUCAAGUUAACAAACACAACAACGUGAAAAAUCUCAGCGCCUUGUUUGCUGUAUCCUUUGAAAAAUACACGUGAAAAAAAACUGCAUUCAUUAAAUAAAUACGUAUGAAAAUAAAAUAAAAGCGAACAUUGAUAUUUAAUGAUCACUUAAUAUUUAAUGAAAUUUCACUGUAACGCAAUUUUGUGUGCUUGUUGAAUAAGCAGUUUACCGUGAAGCCUUCAUUUUCAUUUCACACUUCACAGGCGAGAGUGCCAAAAUCGUAACAUAAUCGAAGUUUUCCGAUCGCUAAUGAAAAAGCACCAUAUUGCAAGGAUUUAUUUAUUUUACGGUCAUUAAAUAUUUUAAAUAACGCUUACCUACCCAACCCUCCCGGAAAAUAAAUAAAAACAUUUAUUUCACUGACCUGACAUAACCUAACCUUUUACUUCGGGUUGAGUAUAUGGCUCUCUCGCCUGUAAAAAGUAGGCUUCCCGCGGUUUAUUUUUUCGCUAAAACUUCAGUAAAUACUAGUUUUUGGUACCUCCGGGCUUUGUUUACAAAUGACGUGCAUAAAUGAAAGCUAAAUUUCUUAAUCAUGCCGAAAAAUAAAGCUACUGCGGCAUCACGUGCUGACGAGUUUAAGAAUGAGGGAUUAUAUGUCAGUGACGGAAAAAUACUUUUCUGUAAAUAUUAUAAUUGCCGUUUGGAGCAUGAACGUAAGGACACGGUAAACAAGCACAUAAUUAGCGACAAACAUGUAAAAGCUAAACGAUCCCCAUGCACUUUGAAACGACAGCUUUCUAUCCCAGAAGCAGGAGUGGCGCAAAUAUGCGCAAAAAAACAAAAGGAAGAUUUUGUUCUCGAAACUGUUGAAGCCUUUGUAGCUGCAGGUCUUCCUCUUGAGAAACUUGACAACAGCAAGCUGACUGCAUGGAUGCAGAAGCAUGUAAGUGGUGCUGGUGAUCUUCCAACAGCGGAUUGGAUGAGGAAAAAGUACAUUCCCCUACUUAGAGAGAAAAAAGAAUUGGAAAUCAAGCAGCAGCUCUUGGAGCAAGAUGUGGUCAUACUCGCAGAUGAAACCACUGACAAGAGUAAUAAUUGUGUUUUCAACAUCUUGUUUAAAAUUCUGAAACCAGGUGCUGAACAAGAUGUUAUCUUAGGGGCUUCUUGUGUCCUUGAUGCAGAAAAUGCUGUUUGUUGUUCUCGGGCAGUGAUUGAUGUAUGCUCCAAAUAUGAAGUCAAGGAAGAAAACAUAAUUGCGUAUGUUACAGAUAGUGCCAGGUACAUGACAAAAUCUGCUGGUACCCUUGAAGGUGUAUUUGGUGACCACAUGUACCACAUACAAUGUUGGGCCCAUAAAGUAAACAAAAUGAAAGCGGAUUAUCCUGAAUUUGCAGCUGCCGCUUUAAAGUUAAUAUGGAUACCUGCAACGAAUGUGGACUCAGAAAGAUCUUUUUCUAAGUAUUCUGUAGUUGUAAGUGACAGAAGAUGAUCUCUAAAACCAGAGAAUGCUGAACUGCUGACAAUGGUGGCUUUUUCCUGAGCUUAAUUAUAUUGCAUUUAUAGAACAAACGUUUAACUGUAGUUUCUAUUUUAAUUAAUUUAGACUCUCUCCUGAACUCAGGAACAGUACUUACCUGCAUAAGAAUACUAAAUAUUUUAGUUUUUAAUUUAUUUUUUAUCUACUCUCAACAUAGUAUUGUUUAAUGUGCAUAUUUUAAGUCUCUAACCACGAAUUAUUGAAGCAUUUGAUCAAGGCAGCUCUGCUAGGUGUGUACAUGUUAUUACAUGUGUUUUAAUUUUUUAUGACGAUAAAGACGAAAUCCACAAUUCUUAAUGACGAAAAGUCCUUUUUCAUAACACCAUAAAAUCUUGGCUCUACGCAUUAGUUCAGGCUCGCAUUGGGGUCACAGAUAUUGUUUUUUCUAUUUAAAGUUGAAGAAAGGUUUUUGUUGCAUGACUUAUUAAUUUUAAUUUUUUGGCAUACUUUUGAAUACUCUACUUUUUAAAUAAACUUACUUUCCAUAAUGGUUUUUUUUUUAUGAAUAACUUUACCUAACAAAAAAAUUUUUUCUCGAAUUAUAGUCGCACCCCUUUUUUUCAAACUUGAUUCUAGUGUAAAAUGUGUGACAAUUAUGCGAUAAAACACGGUACGUCCAAAUAUGUUUGUGUUUGCAUUGUGUUACAGCGCACUGAAAUAAUAAUAAAUUAAUAAGUAUUAAUAUGAUGAUUUUUGGCUAAUGGUGUAAAGAUUUUAAUUAUUUUAAUGUUUGGCCUUGAUGUUAAGCUUUGUGUUAUGGCAAGUUUCGUGGUGGAUAGGAGACGGGAAUAAUGUAGGUCAGUGUAAAGUGAAGUUGCUGGGUGUAAAAUGGUUGUACUUUGUAUGCUUUUUAACCAAAAAUGGGUGACUUACUACAAUUUUUGUUCCCAACGUGUUUCAGAGCACUCAAGAUUUUUAUGUAGUCUAUAAUGGUAUACAAUCUCGUGUAUGUCAGUAGGGAAUAGUUAAUUUUAUACAGGCAAUUUUUUUUAUUUGUUUUCUGCUGCAAAUUACAUUUAUGAAACCAAGAAUAUUGUACAAUUAUUAAAAGCCUCUAUGUAUUUUUACUACUUUCUUGUCUGAUGUUUUGUUAUACACGCUUGUUAACAUUCUCUCCUGUAUUUCAAUGCAGAAUGGUAUGUGCAUUACUGAAAUUUCGCUUUGUUUUGCAGUGAAAUGCCUUGGCCAUGAGGUUCUCUUGCACAGUGUUGCAUGUUUUGUAAGGGUUCCAAUUGUUUGGCUUUUUUUUACCAGGCGAGUGUUGUCUAGCUGUUCGUAGUGACUCUUCCAGUGUUAAGCUGUAGUUUUGUGACUUUUAAGUCAUUUCUAGCCCCUAAGAAUGCAGUAAGUUUUUCUCACUGUAUAGUUUUUUAUUGGUCAAUUUAUUAAUUUGUGCCAAGUGCGUAGCUAAGGGAAAUUUGCUACGAUAAUCCUGUUUUAAAGUCUACAGUGUUGUUAAGUCAACUCCUGGCUAAAAAUUCUCUCUUGAAAUGCACUCUAUAUCCAGGAUGUCUUCAGUUUACUAUAAAGUCAUGAAAAAAUCACAAAAUAAACAGUAGCAAUGCUGGAACUCACGAAAGUUUUUCCUGCAGCGUUUUGCUAACUUGCAAUUUGUUUUUUGAUGCCUUCAUUUUAUAGUCUCAUAUUAAAUGUAAAUACUUGGACUAUUUACUUAAAUCAUGUUGGAAAUUAUCUCAGACAAUAUUUUAGCUUUUUAACAUAAAAUCUACAUGUUCCUGCAAAUCGUAGAUCUAUUUCGUAAAUUUAAUUUUGCCUUUUUAUAAAAGAGGACCCUGUGAUAUAAGAAGUAAAAAAAAAAAAAAAAAAAAAA